UUUAUCAAAAUUAAAAGGAAUAAAUAACAAAUCAUACACUCACGUAAUUUGUGCGGACAUUAAAUGGUUUUUAGGUUUACAGAAAAAGAACAGCCAGAAAACUUAUUGAUCUGCUGAAUUUUGAAAACAAUCUAAACGCCAGUAUAAUAAAAUUUAAGACUGUGCGCAUUUCACAUACAAGUAUACCACGCUACGAGGACAUGCGAUAGCAUUACGUCUCAUAAAUAAUUAAUACAGCGCCUUUAAUGUCACUUGGCAUUUUCAGAGAUCAUUGCGUCAACGGAUACUUGACAAAGAUUUCUGAUCUGGAGAAUAGUUUUUGGAAAGAUAUAUUUAAGGAUUAUACCUGGAAACAACAGCGCAAUGGAGAUGGCUAGAAAGAAUGGCUUGUCUCUGUGUAUUUUGAUAUUAGUAGUGGUGUGCCAUUUUUUGUACACGGAUUGUAUCAACUUUAAGAAGUACAAGUUUAUGCGCUACACUUGCGAGCUAAGUGAUACUGAUUUUCCAGCCGACGAAGUUUUGGAUUCCCAUGCAUGCGGAAAGUUGUGUCACAACAGCAAACAGUGUAUCAGUUUUUCUUACCAUCCGGACAUGCAGAGGUGCAUCGGGUGCCGUCGGGCGAUCAAGCCUAACUUUUACGAGGAAAUGGACAGUUGGAUGUUUUAUUCAUCAGAAAUUGAAUGUCCUGAUGAAUGGACCAAGUACAAAGACUCCUGUUACUACACUGAUUAUCAGACUAGGAACUUCCAGGACGCUAUGAAUUUCUGCCGGCAGCGGGGUGCUUAUCUAAUGUACCCAGAAACAAAAGAUGAAGAUGCGUUUUUCAAGGACUUGAUGAUCAAUCACAACAGAGGCAGUUCAGGUUCAGUUCCGUUCUGGGUUGGUAUUACGUUAACGGAAACUGACAGUGUAUGGAGAACAGUAGGUACACAUACACCAAUAUCAUUCCAGGACUUUCAUCCUUCGACGCAUAAGACGGCUUUAGACUGCGCCUUAGCAGUUCUAGUUGCCGAUUUCAGAUGGUAUACAUACAAAUGCAGCAUCACAGGGGCAGUCCCACUGUGUGAGAAAUAA